AUGAUGAAACGAAAGGCGGAGAAGCAGCAACCAACUGCCCCCGUCAGUGCCAUGAGCGCUGUCGCGGCGCGCAGAGCUCGGCAGGAAGCGCAACAAGCGCAGCAUCAAGCGACAUCAUACCCCAAAGUGGUGGUUGAAAUCACAAAUGAACCACCUUCGAAGCGACCGCGGAGAUCUCUAGAAGGAGCACAGCCCACCGAGACAAAUGGGGUGUCGAAGGUGCCCCGAACAAGGUCAUCCACGAAGCAAAGCGAACGUGCCUCCGCGACAGCAAAGACAACACGACAAAAGCAAGCCGCAAGCUCUGAUAAGUUGGAAUCAAAAGUCCAUGAAUCAGAGGAAGAGUCUUCAGACCAAGAGGAAGCCGAGCCGGCCCAACUGGAAGAGAUGACAGAGGACGAGGUCGCAUCGGUUGUUGGUGAUGCUGAUGGUUACGAGUCGCCUGCACAAACUCCAGCGGAGCUCCAAAAUUUCCCCCUAUCCAAGAUGCGCUUGAACAAAAAUAGCAUUGUCUAUGCGGACGAGAAAACACUCUGUGUUCGCAUCAAGGAGAAGACGAACUUGACCCUGCUGGGUCUGUAUGAGAUUUGGGUCAAACGGGGAAUUGUUAGUCUCAUGGGAGCCAAGCUACAUCCUUCAGCCCGGGCCUACCGGGUUUAUGCCCCUUCAACCCACUCCUUGCCUGUCAUUAAGUGUGUCUCUGGCGUGGAUGGGGAGGCAGAGGUAGAAUUGAAGUCUUGCAACAGUGGUCUGUCUCGAUUGCGGGACAUAUCGCCUUUAUAUCAAAGGAUCUGGAGUGGGGAUAAUACCGUUGCGGAUAAGUUUACUUUGAAGGGCGCACCCAAAGACUCACAACGAACUUUCUCAGUGCUUUAUACAUCUUCCGAUGAUACUCUCAACCGACACUUGCGACCCCUCCAUCUGGAUAAAAAAUGGAGCGCAUCAAUGAAAGCUUUGUCUCAGCGAAAGGGACAACUUCGAGUUCUGGUCUGUGGGCCCAAAGCCUCAGGCAAAUCGACUUUCAGUCGGUAUUUGUUGAACCAUGUCUUGAGUCCAGCACCGGAAACAGAAAACAACCAUAUCAAUACCGAUGGCGUGGCCUUCCUAGACCUAGACCCUGGUCAGCCUGAAUUUGCUCCUAUGGGUCAGGUCUAUCUUGCACAUCUUCGCUCUCCAUUCUUUGGCCCACCAUUCACCCAUCCUUCACUAGAUGAUUCCAGGGAUGGCCAGAUUAUGCGAGCACACCACAUUGGCGCAACAUCUCCUAAGGAAGACCCAGAUCACUAUGCCCUGGCUACAAUGGAUCUUAUGGAACAAUACCGCUCUUUAUUAACAAGGUAUCCUCAGUGCCCGCUCAUUAUCAACUACCCCGGUUGGAUCUUUGGACAAGGUCUGGAGGUCGCAACAUGGCUUAUCAAGAGUCUUGGACUCUCCGAUGUAGUCUACAUGAGCGAGAAAGGGCCCAUGGAAGUUGUUGAUCCUUUGAGCUUAGCUGCAAGCGAGGCUCGAGUCCCAAUCACAAUCCUCCCCUCUCAGCCGACCGACUUUGUGAGCAGGUCAAGUGCCCAGCUGCGAUCCAUGCAGAUUCAGUCUUACUUCCACAAGUCCCACCCGAGUGGCAUCAGCAACCCGAUUUGGCUGGAUGCACCCCUCUCUCACACACGUCCCAUGGCCGUGAACUACGCGGGAGUCAAGCAAGGUAUACUGGGAAUCAUGGUGAUGGGAUCCCAAAUUAACCCUUCCAUGUUGCGAGAGGUACUCGAAGGCGCUAUUGUUGGAGUAGUGGCGGUGGAGUCGUCGAACGCCAUCAUGUGUGCACGUCCAAUGACAUCAACCGAGGAUAAUAGUAAUGAGAUCGACGCCGAUGAUGACAUGGAAAUUGAUUCAGGAGAAACCGACGAUGGCGCAGGUGCACCUUACGCAGCUGGCAAUAUCAUCAGAACCCCACAAGAGGAUCUUCCUUACAUCUCUGUUGGAUCUGGUAGUUCCACUCCACUGGAUCCUAAGGCUUCUAAUUGUCUUGGGCUGGCCCUGAUUCGCUCCGUCAAUGUGGCCUCCCGCCAGUUAGAGCUUUCCACUCCCAUUUCUCCCUCGCGUCUACGUGAUGCCAUCGAACAUGGCCAUCAGCUUGUGCUGGUCCGCGGCCAGUUGGAUAGCCCGAAUUGGGCAGUCAGCGAAGAGUAUUACGCUGCACGAGCUGCAGAGAGGCGGUACCAGAACUCUAGCUCCCGGGCUAAGAAGAACAGCUCUAACGCAUUGGACCUGGCCAAAGAAAAUGAGGCCCUUGCGCUCCUGCGCGAGAGAGUCCGUCGUGCGAGUAAUGUACCCUGGAUGACUGUUGUCGAGGACAAUAGCCGGAAGCAUCGUGAGGAGGCGGCCCAACGCGAGAAGUCACUUUGGAAGCUGAGGAAGAAGGCCUACCCGGGCAGUGAAAGUGAAGCUGAAUGGUGA